AUGCCGGUCCUGGAGGGCUUGUGGGGUGCUGACAUCCGUCUGCAAGACUCAGGACUGGGGGGAGGUGUGGUUGACGUCUGUCCCGAGGAGACCCCCAGCUCGCCCAUGUGGGGUAGUCUCAGGACCCCCCCGGUCACUUGCGGAGGUGGGUUGUCCCUGGCUUUGGAGCUGCCUGCGCUUAUCCGGCAACUCAGGGCAGCUUGGAGGGCCCGAAAAGGGGGUAUGCAGAGCCCCCCGAAGAGCCAGCAGUGGGUAGAACCAGAGGAGGAAGUAGAGCUGGUACCAGAGGAGAAGCACAAAGCUGAUGGCGGGGUGCGCACGAGACACGCAGGUGUGCUGCUGGAGAGAAGGGGCUCCUAUCCUUUGAUCGACCUGCGGAUCCUCAACACCAGUGCCCAGCAGGGGGAGGUAGAGCUGUGUAACAGGAGGAAAGUGAAACGCCUGCUCAGUUUCCAGAGAUACUGUCACUCGUCGCGCCUGCUCCGGGGACUGGUGCCCCACUGCCCUGGCUCCAUGCACCUGCUGGAUGACGACUACCUGGGGCAGGCCGGGCACAUGCUGUCUAAAGUCAGCACAUGGAACUUUGAUAUUUUCCUCUUCGACCGCCUCACUAACGGAAACAGCUUGGUGACCCUUAUGUGCCAUCUCUUUUAUGUGUACGACCUUGUGCACCACUUCCAGUUGGACAUGGUCAAACUACACAGGUUUCUAGGUAUGGUGCAAGAGGACUACCACUCUCAGAAUCCUUAUCACAAUGCUGUCCACGCUGCUGAUGUCACACAAGCCAUGUACUGUUACCUAAAGGAGCCCAAGCUGGCAGAGCAGCUGAGCCCUCUGGACAUAUUCCUGGGGUUAUUGGCCGCAGCCGCCCACGACGUGGACCACCCGGGGGUCAACCAGCCAUUUCUUAUCAAGACGCAGCACCACCUGGCCUCACUGUACCAGAACACCUCUGUGCUGGAGAGCCACCACUGGAGGUCCACUGUGGGAAUGCUGCGAGAGUCCGGCCUGUUGGCACACCUGCAACCAGACAUGACGCAGGACAUGGAGCAGCAGCUGGGCUCUCUGAUCCUGGCCACAGACAUCAGCCGACAGAACGAGUUCCUCCUGAGCUUCAGAGAGCAUCUGGACCAGCAGGAUCUGGACCUGCAGUUGCCCUCGCACCGACACUUCAUGCUCCAGAUUGCUCUGAAAUGUGCCGACGUGUGUAACCCGUGCCGUGUUUGGGAGCUGAGCCAUCAGUGGAGCGAGAGGGUGUGUGAGGAGUUUUACAGGCAGGGUGAUUUGGAGAGGAAGUUUGACUUGGAAAUUAGUCCUCUGUGUGAUCAACAGGUCGACUCUAUCCCAGUCAUUCAGAUAGGCUUUAUCUCUUUCAUUGUGGAGCCGCUGUUUGAAGAGUGGCACCGUUUCACCGAGGCCAGUCUGCUGAGCCAAACCAUGAUGGGUCACCUGCACAAGAACAAAGCGUGCUGGAUCCGCCAACGAUACGCGCACACACCAUCAGACACCCAGGACGAGGAGCCAGAGGGCGGAGGUGAAGGUGACAUACCCUAA